AUGGACAGCGUCUCGCCAUACACGACUACAUGGCUCGCGAGCUCGCCGAAUCCCAUCGGCGAGGUCGACAUCGCUAUCGCCUCGAGACUUCUCGAGGCUCCUCAAGCGAAGGUCAAUUUCCUUCUUUCCCGUCUCACUGGGAAAGCCAAGGAGUGGGCCUUGGAAAAACUCGUUGUUGACAAGUUUGCGUUCCCCACUCUGGAAGCCAUCCAGAGUGACCUUCGACUCGCCUUCGAGCCGCCCCAGGAAGAUAAGUUGGUGCGUUCAAGGUUCCUGUCCCUGCGACAGGGUAAGAUGUCCAUGCACGACUACGUGCAGAUGGCUCGACAUCUGGCGUCUUGCAUUAUCACGCAUCCCAUGGACAUGUAUACACAAGUAAACGUGUUUGUCGAUGGCAUGCGUGAAGGGCAGACUAGCCUCUCGCUGGAACGAGCAGAGCCUGCCACGCUGGAGGAGGCUUUCGCUAUCGCUCUCCGUGAGGACUUCAGAGUCACCAAGGCCUAUACCAAGCCUUCAGUUGUUACCGCUGUCAGAUCAGCGGGCCCGGAACCUAUGGAGAUCGAUGCAAUUGAGUCGUCGGGUGACCGACAACGCGCUACAGCCUACAAGGGCGACGUCCGAGGCGGACGUCAGAUGAUCUGCUUUCGAUGCCGAAAGCCGGGACAUCGCGCGGCUGAAUGCCGCGCGCCAGCACCGAUGUCGGUGCAUGCGACGGACACCCAUCAUGAGGGAGGUGCUCCGAUCAGUCGUCCAAAAAAUGGACGAGACCAGUAG